AUGUCCCAUCCGUAUCCAGACAACAAUAGUCGAUAUCCUCCUCCCGGCUCCUCACGCCGGCCAUACCCUUCCCGCGCCGACCGAGACGGCCGCAUGUAUGACGACCGCUCCCGAUCACGCUCGCCUGGCGGUACACACUCCUCCCCGCACGACCGCGUCACGACCGAGAUGAUUACCGCCGUCGACCAUCACGAUCGCCUCCAUCCCGGCGUGGGAGACAGACCUACAGAGAUCGCGACCGCGAGGGUUAUCAGUCCCCCGGAUAUCACAGUCGGAGCCGGAGCUAUAGUCGGAGCCGCAGUCGAGCGCCGCAUUCCCCGGCAGCGAGGAACUGAGGCUGAGACAUCCCAGAUUUCAACCGAGCUGCGAAAUGCCUAUCAUGUUGAGGGCCUGGAAGAUAUUCGGGUCAUUCGAGACCGUCAGACAAAGGUGUCACGGCAAUUGGGAUUCCUUCGGUUUCAGUCCAUCGAUGCCUCAAGAGCAUUUCUGGAACGAAAUCACCCCUGCAUCUAUUUGUAUGGCCCCAGCACCGGGAGCAAUGACCGGAGCACCAAGGUGCGCAUUGCCUACAGUCGUGAGAGGGAAGAUCGGGGACGCGUGAAAGCCGAGGGAGACUGGACCUGUAGGAUGUGCGCUAUCGUCAACUACGCUACUCGCCAGAAGUGCUUUCGUUGCAAUGCUCCCCGUCCUGAACCGGGUCCCACAGGUCCUCCUGGCAUUCCUGCUCCAAAGGUGGUAAACACUGGAGACAAUGAUGCCGCGCCUGACAACCAACCAUCCCAAUUUCUCCUGUUUCGAGGGCUGGAAUCCUCCGUCACCGAAGAACUCUUCGCCAAAGGUGUUGCCAAGUUAUACAAGCCAGCCUCGGGUGGUAGCGAUAACUCUGCAAACAGUCAAAAGAAGGGGGCCAAGGUAGCAUCAACAACCGGUGAUGCAAAUUUGGGAGCUCGAGAGGGCUCUAUUCGUCGCGUCCUACUGACGCGUGACCGUAAAACCAACGAAAGCUGGCGCUAUGGGUUUGCAGAAUUUGCUAGCGUCAUGGACGCACAAGCAGCAGUGACACGACUGAAUUCAUUUGAUAAAUUCACAAUCUCCUCUCGGCCAGUCAUGGUUAGCUAUAUCCAUGCCGGGGUUUUCGUGCCGGUCAUGAACCCCACAGCUAGCACCGAUCAUUUCACAUUCAGCCCGCUAAACAACCCUUCGUUGAAACUCAUGUACUGGGAUGACGAGGGAUAUGUGACCGAACUGACAGUAACAUCGAGCGAGGAAGAUGGUGGUCAAGAGCAAUCCAAAGAUGACAAACCACUCGGGAACCAGCAAGACAACAAAAGUUCCAAGGACGCCGACAAGGCCAAGAAACGGAAGGCGGAUGCUGCGGUCACUGCGAAUGCGAAGAAGACGGCCAUGCCAUCUCAUCUGCAAUUCUGGAGCAAUCGACACGCCGAGCUGCACGGAAUCCACAAGAAAGAUGACAAUGGGAACCCGGCAGAUGCUGGAUCAGACGGGACCGUGCCUGCAGACUCGGCCGCACCACCCACGCAGUCGUAUGCGGACCCUAACCGUCACUGCUGCUAUCUGUGCCUGCGGCAGUUCAAGAGCGCCGCUGAGGUCAAUCGGCAUGAGCGGAUGAGUCAAUUGCAUCGUGACAACACGCAGAACGACGAAUUGAAGUCCCGCGCUAUGGGAAAACUGGUCAAACACGGGAUUGCCCCGCCGUCCGCCGAAUAUCGAGAUCGCGCAAGGGAGCGCCGUCAAGCGUUCGGCCGUACCAAGGUUAGUACGAAGCAGAAACCCACGCCGGCGAAAGAAGAGGACGAACCGCCGGUGCAGAGCACAUCCAAAGGCGCUUCUCUUCUUAGCAAGAUGGGCUGGUCUGCGGGGUCUGGGCUAGGCGCUCAAGGAACUGGCGUCACGGCACCUAUUGCCACCGAGGUGUAUGCCCAGGGGGUUGGUCUAGGCGCUCAGGGAAGCAAGCUGGGAGAUGCAGCAGAGGAGGCAGGCCGGAAUACCAGAGGUCGCUAUGACGAAUUCCUGGAAAAGACCAAGCAGGCUGCUCGCCAACGAUACGAACAGAUGGAUCGGUGA